AUGCGCCAUGGAUUUGGUAGUCUGAUCUUCAUACCUAAGGGGGAAGGCCGCCAUUCCACUACGUUGACGGUGAGUCCCCUUCCCCCCUUUCGUAUUGCCUCUUUCUUCAGUGUUGGUGUCGUGCCGGAGAUUCAGAGAAGAGUCCCCUCUAAUUAUUACGAUUCGUCGUUCCAGAUUCACCGUGAUGUUCUCGGUGCUGCCUUCAUUCAUCACCACAGCAAAAGAUCCGGCCUGAUACACAUGUCUUUCUGUUCCUUGGUGCAAGCACUGGUUAGGUCAAUUGAUGGCAAACUUAGGAAGUACCAAUGGUUGGAUGAUUUUACCGAUGAAGAAAAGUAUGGUGAGAAGGCAAUUGGCAGGAUCAGGCUGUACGCAAUCAAAGAAAGAACAAGAGAUGGGGAAAUUCAAUGCCCUGCCGGGAUUUCUAUGGAAAGAAAGGAAUAUUUUCCGUUGAACAAGUUUCUACAGGAUUGGGACGUUUUUCCUAAGGCUGAAAAGUAUACUCAGGAGUUCAUGGAGGUCCAAAUGAAGGAUCAGAAUCCAAGAAGUAGUGAUGAUAAGAGGCAAAACAAAUGGAAGAGACCUCCCAUAGGUGUGUUCAAACUUAACAUUGAUGCAGGGGUAAACAUCAGAGGUGGUUAAGGCCUGGGCUUUGUGAUAAGGAACUGGAUGGGAGGGUUGUAUUGGCUGCAGUCCAAAUUGACACGGUUGGACGCCGAAAGUAGGGGAGGGGAGAGCUAUUCUCUUUGGUUUGAACAAGAUGAAAAAGGGAUUGAACCCUCUUAUGGUGGAGACAAACUGCAAGAGGAUAGUGGAUUUGCUACAGGGGACUACUGUACUGAUUACAGAACAAAACCUGCAAUGUUUGCAUAGACAUCUAAGUAUCUAACAGAUGGGCUUGCAAGCUGAUUUAUGAAGUUGGACCUUUGUUCACCGACAAGCAAACACAGUGGCACACUCUCUAGCUCAUUUUAAUGUUCAUAU